AUGCACUCUGACUGGACUCUCAUUAACCUCCUCCUCGCGUCUUCGGCUCUAUCCGCCUUGGGCGGCAAGUGUAAUGCUCCACGCGAAGCCGGCGAGAACAACAACUGCCUGGGAGGUUCCUACAGCGACUGUGUAGCGAGGAACAACCAGCUGUGCACGGGCGACUGUUUUGGCCAGCCUGCUGGUGGAGCUGGUGCCCCAUGUUACACUGGCUACACCACUAGGAACCAGCAGUACUGCGCUGGCUACUGCAUGAAGAUUAGCAACUGUGAUGACUGCCUAAAAAGUCUUAAGGAAAUGGGCGCUGCGGGAUCUGAUGAGCACCACAAGGAGACUUGCAACCAGGAAGGUGACUCAUACUACUGCAACUGUGACUCUUAG